UCAACUUCUUCGGGCCUCUCGUAAAUGUCUAUUUUUGUAGUUGUAUCCGUCUCUAACGCGGCCCUUUUACUAUAAAAAUCCCCAAAAGGCCCAUUUUAAAAUCGAUCUUUAUAUCCUCUACGUCGUGCCCUCUUUUUUAAACAAUGUCGUGCUUCAAAUCCAAAUACGCCGAUGAGCUCAUCGCCAAUGCUGCUUACAUCGGUUCUCCAGGGAAAGGUAUUCUCGCCGCUGAUGAAUCCACAGGGACCAUCGGGAAACGUUUCGCAAGCAUUAACGUCGAGAAUGUUGAAUUAAACAGACGUGCUUUACGUGAGCUCUUGUUCACCACUCCUGGAGCUCUCCAAUACAUCAGUGGUAUUAUCCUAUUUGAGGAAACUCUCUACCAGAAAACAGCUUCAGGUAAACCAUUUGUUGAUGUAAUGAAGGAAGCUAAAGUCCUUCCUGGUAUCAAAGUCGAUAAAGGAACUGUUGAGCUCGCUGGUACAAACGGAGAAACCACAACCAUUGGCCUCGACGGGCUCGGAGACCGUUGCAAGAAAUACUAUGAAGCCGGUGCACGUUUUGCCAAAUGGCGUGCCGUUCUCAAAAUCGGGGCCAACGAGCCUUCCGAGUUAGCCAUCCACGAGAACGCUUACGGUCUAGCGAGAUAUGCCGUCAUCUGCCAGGAGAACGGUCUCGUCCCCAUCGUGGAACCAGAGAUCCUCGUGGACGGAUCCCACGAUAUUGAGAAAUGUGCUUACGUCACGGAGCGUGUCCUCGCAGCUUGUUAUAAGGCUCUUAAUGAUCACCAUGCGAUCUUAGAAGGAACGCUCUUGAAACCAAACAUGGUUACUCCAGGCUCCGACAGUAAGUCUAGGGCGGAACCUAAAGUGAUCGCAGAGCACACGGUCCGUGCAUUACAGCGUACUGUCCCCGCAGCGGUUCCAGCCGUUGUGUUCUUGUCUGGAGGACAGAGUGAGGAACAAGCAACUGUGAAUUUAAACGCCAUUAAUCAGCUCAAAGGUAAGAAACCAUGGAGCUUGACGUUUUCGUAUGGACGUGCGCUUCAGCAGAGUACACUCAAGGCUUGGGGAGGUAAAGAGGAGAAUGUUGAGAACGCUCAAAAGGCGUUCUUGGCUCGAGCCAAGGCUAACUCGGAGGCAACCACUGGUGCCUACAAAGGUGAUGCUCAGCUCGGUGAAGGUGCUUCUGAGAGCCUUCAUGUUAAAGACUACAAAUACUAAAAAAAGUAUUUUGGGGAGGGGGGUGGGGUAUAUAUAUUAUCCUGGUGUACAUAAUUUUUUUUUUUUUUUGCAAAUAGUGAUGAUGAAAUCCUUAUCCAGGGGAAAUUUUGUUGUAAUAAUGAUAUAUAUGCUUUGUAAACUUAAUUUAUUGAAAAUAUGUAACUUACAUAUUAACAUCUUAAUAAAAUAACAUGUCUGGUU